GGUGCGGGGUUCGGCGGCCUCCUGGCCCGGCGAGCCCCGCGGAAGCCAGGCCGGGGCUUUCCCGCUCGAAAUGGGAGCGUGUUCUGGGAACGGGGGGGUGCCGCGGGUGUAGCCGGAGCCGUCCCCUCCCAAGGAAAGGCGCCCCAAGGCUGUGCCCGCCCUGCUGCCGCCGGCGGUCUGGUCAGGACGGAGCCCGGAGCAGGGCUGUGGGGCGGCUGCCGGUCCCCCCGGUGCUGCCCGGCCUGACCUUGAGGCAGGGUUUUGAGGCUUGGAUUUGUGCUUGAAGUAACAACAGUUGUUGCCUCGCCGGAUCUGCAAUCAGUUUCUCAUCUGCUGGUAUUACUACAAAUAGGAAAAGAACAGGAGAGAAGGAGAUAAGUAUCUCAACACGUGCCAAGAAAAGGGAGACUUCAUUCUGAUUUAACUGAUAAACAAGUGUGAAGCAUGAGGAUCAACUCUGCACUUCAGGCUGCUAUUGACCUGACAGCAGGAGCUGCAGGUGGGAUAGCAUGUGUGGUGACAGGCCAGCCCUUUGACACUGCAAAGGUGAAGAUGCAGACGUUCCCUGAAAUGUACAAAGGACUUGUUGACUGUUUUGUGAAAACCUAUAAGCAAGUGGGAUUUCGAGGCUUCUACAAAGGAACCACACCAGCACUUCUAGCCAACAUUGCAGAGAACUCCGUUCUGUUCAUGUGCUAUGGGUUUUGCCAACAGAUUGUAAGAAAAAUUGUUGGAGUAGACAGGAAAACCAAGCUCAGUGAUCUGCAGAAUGCUGCUGCAGGCUCCUUUGCCUCUGCCUUUGCCACCCUUGCCCUCUGCCCAACAGAGCUGGUGAAGUGCCGGCUGCAGGCCAUGCACGAAAUGCAGUUGUCAGGAAAGAUAAUCCAGGGACAGAACACAGUUUGGUCAGUAGUGAAGAGUGUUAUUCAAAAGGAUGGUCCCCUUGGAUUUUACCGUGGCUGGUCAAGCACGUUGCUGAGAGAAGUCCCAGGCUAUUUCCUCUUUUUUGGAGGGUAUGAACUGAGCCGGACGUUCUUUGCCUCUGGGAGAUCAAAAGAUGAAUUAGGUCCCAUUGCUUUGCUAAUAAGUGGAGGAUUUGGAGGCAGCUGUCUGUGGAUUACUGUGUAUCCUGUGGAUUCUGUCAAAUCUAGAAUUCAGGUCCUAUCAAUGGCUGGAAAACAGACAGGCUUCAUAGGAACAUUUGCAACUGUUGUGAGAACUGAAGGUGUGCUUGCCUUGUAUUCUGGACUAUUGCCAACUAUGAUCCGUGCAUUUGUGGCCAAUGGGGCUCUGUUCCUUGCCUACGAGUACAGCCGUAAACUCAUGAUGAGCCAAAUAGAUUCUUACUGAGCCCCUCUGGCAGACAGAAUAAAAGGGUUUUAAAGGAUUAUAUAGAUAAACAUUAAAAAAAACCUAUAGAUCACAUCAUGGUCUGGGCAAGGCCGAAUCAGUGACCUAAUUUUAGGGACUCUGAUUUAGGAUUUGCAAACUUUUAAAUUCAGGUGACUUUUAUAGUGACAUGUACAUGCUGCUUGAUCUGUACCAGCAGAACUAUCUCCAUCUUGCAGAUUCUGCACUAGGUACACUGCAUGUCCUAAAUGUAUUUUCCUGAUCUGUAAUGGUGCUAAAAAGUUAUGUUGACCUGUUGGGUUAAAUGUAACAUGCAUUUGUUUAAGGCAAAGCAUUGCUUUAAAAUCUGUGCUGCAAUUGUUAACUUCUCCAGCUGUUGCUGGCAAGUAUCUGACUCAAAACAACCAGUCCUGUGUAAUCUUGCUGAGUGUGACUGGCUUACACAUCCCUCAGCUAGACCCCUGCUCUUCACCAGCUCCCUUUUGCCCUGUGCCUUUUCCAGGGUCAUGGGAGCUGGUGUCUGACUUGUGUACCCCAUCCUAGUGAACAGGCUUACUGAAGUAGGAAAUCUUCAGCCCCUACCUCAUAUGACUUAGAGACAGGUUAGGCCUGAAUUUGAGAUAAAAACAUAUUUACUGUGUUUAAGGAGCCCAUACAGCAUUUGUAAUGAGAGUGUUAUCUUAUUUUCUAAAUUCUUCCAAGAAGUGCUGGAAUACAUUAAGCACCACUGACCUAAGCACUUAAUGGAAGAGUCUGAUGGAAAUAGCUGCUGGCUUCGAGGACAGAAUUGUAAUUUUGUGGAGGCUCCUGUUUUGGUCACCUUGACAUGAAUGAGUGCAGGUGCUUGAAGAACAGGAAACUGAAGAGGAGCUAGAAAGCUAGAACUGAGUUCCUAAAAACAACUGCCACAGUGGUGUAGCAGGCACUUACUUGGGCUGGAGUCCUGCCACUUGUUGUCUCUUCAGCUCCUGGAAAAAGCUCAUAUGACUGGAGUUCAUUUCACCUUCAGGCCUGGAGGGCACACUUGCUUGGUCAUGUUGCUUGAUUACACGUGCUGUUAGUCAGCAUUACCCAAAAUGAUCCAGUAGCACCUACUUCUAGAUGCCCCUUUCAUUCUUGAAGUAGGGUGUUCUUUAUACAAGCAUGCUCUGCCUGGGAGAAGGCAAAGCAGAUCUCAGUGCAACACAGUUCAUGACUCAAGCCUAGAGUUGUAGAGGGGCACAUUGUCCAUAUGCUGAAAAUCACAACCCAUGUUUAUGGAAGGUACAGACAGGACUGUUUUACCCACCAAAAAUCAUCAGAGCUACUCAGAGAUAGGAGCUUGUCACAGCAACCAUAGUUUGUCAGUGACUGACAAGAGUCACAGCUGGAACAGCUCAGUUUUGUGUGUUACAGUUUCCAUUUCCAACCCCAGAAACAGGAAAAAGCUUUGGGCAUAGAGGAAAGUAUCUCGGUACCUACUGCCCCUUGCAUAGUAGCCAGGGUGCACCUCAACUGGCUACUGCCUUGUUCCAGCCUGCUUGAUGAAAGCUGUUUCCCUCCACCUUCACAAAGAGCAGGAACUGAUAAUCUCCCUUUAAUACACCCAUGAGAAAAGGCAGUAAAGAAGGACAUGACUGACACAUCUAUUGCACCAAUUUACCUUGAUUGACUGGUACGCUAGCAGCAGUAAUACAGUGCACCAUCAAUACUUUACUUUAGAAGGAAUUUAUACCAAAUGUUUAAAUAAUUCAGGUAGGAGGGUGAGGCUUUAAGAGUUGUUAAGACUUUCCCUUCUUUUCAAAGGUGUCUACCCAAGAGAAAUAGUAUAUUUGUACAUGUUUCUAAUAAUUAUGAAAAGGUAAGGAGUGAAUCAAUAUCAGUGAAAUACUUUCAAAGUUGAAUCUAUUUCUAAGAUUUGUCUUUGCUUUCAUUUUUUAAAGCUUAUGGAUGCAGUUUUUAAUAAAACAGUUGAAGCUUCAAGAGAAGCAGGAUAUGCAGAGCUGAGCAUACAAGAAGCUGGUAGCUGAAAGACAUGCAUUUUGAGUUUACUUUAUACAGCUGACAUAAGCAGUAAUUUUUCCAUCUGCAGCUGCUUAAGUUGCAUAUGUGUAUCACUUGUUCAGCUCAAAACUUUUGUUGGUAUAGGAAUUUGUGGGAAUAAAGCUUGGUUUGAUUAACUGA